AUGAGGAGUACAUUGGAAGAGGCGAUUGUGGAAACGCGCAAUACGCCUCUCGAAAAUCGACCGCGACUUCCCCGCAUAGCCCCAAGCAAGCGGAAUCGGGCUGUCGUGAGGGCUCUGAACCCAAUGCUGGUGACCUAUUUGGAAACCAGCCGGGACCUUUGCGAGACGGACUCAAUUCUUUUUGGCGCCGCACUGGCAGUGUGCCGUAUUAUAGGCGCCAAACUUUCCACGGCUGGACGCGCUACUGAACAAAGUAGCGCUAUCCCAGCCUGGAGAAUAAGAAUUGAAGAACGUAUCGUAAAGGCUAGGGCCCUCAUCGGCAGACUGAUAUGCUUCAGGUCAGGCAACAACAGGCCAAGGAUUGUGCGCACCGUCAGGAUGGCAUUUGCUGGGACAAAUGUUAGUUUGUCCCAGCCGGCUAUAAUGCAAAAACUGACGGAGCGCAUAGACGACCUGAAGCAGAGAAUCGCUGCUUGGGGAAAGUGGAUUCGGCGAUAUACCGAGAGGUCGACACGGUUUAACCAGAAUCGUCUCUUUCAGAGUGAUCACAAGAGGCUCUAG